AUGGAGCGCCCCAGACCGUCUACAUAUACUGUGCCUACGAGUGAAGAGGAGGACGUUUCCCUUUUUAUCUCGGAAGCGAGCUGCGAAGCUGAAGGCCUUCACCUCGUGACAUGGAGCUCGGCAUUCCUCCUCUCCAAGGAGCUGCAUAAGCUGCAGAUCGACCGGACACAACUCAAAGAUCCCGUCACCGGAUACUCAAUCCUUGAGCUUGGUGCAGGCACUGGACUUACUGGUGUCGCCGCCGCGGCAGUCUGGGGUGGUAGUGCCCUGCUGACAGACUUGCCCACCAUCGUCCCGGGCGUGCAAGUGAACGCUGACCUCAACAAGGACGCUGUAACGGCCAACGGCGGCAGAGUCGCAUGUGGAACGCUUGACUGGAACAGCCCGGAUAGGAUAUAUAUACAUACGCCGUCUGACAAGGAUGAGUCGCCGACAAUCGAGGUCAACGACGAGACUGCAUUUCCCGUCAUUAUCACAGCGGAUACCAUGUACACGGAGGACCACCCUCGUCUGGUGAGCCAGACAAUUCUGAAGUGUCUACGGAGGACCAAAGAUGCCCGUGCGGUGGUCAUGUAUGCAAUGAGGAUUGCAUAUAUCGACCACAUCAGGGAAUUCUGGGAGCUGAUGGAGGAGGGAGGCCUGGUUGCCGUGCAAGAGGGCCGGGCAGAAAUCGACCUCAAGGACUGGGACGACGAAAAGCUUCACGAGUGCUGGCCAUUCGAAGUCCGAGUGUCGUCGGUGCGGAGGAAUGCGGAGCGGCCUCAUGCCCCGAACUCGGCGGGAUCGUCGACCCCGAACCGGGCGGAAGAGGACUUAGCCGGAUCCGAGACGCAUUCGCUUGGCCAAAUCACAGCAAUCUCCGGCCUAUGGGCUCUAUACAAACCGCCAUCCUACUACGACCCUCCGACAGAAUGGCGCCGCAGCGGCGAAAGCGGUGGCCCAGUGUGGAUCAACCUGAUCCAUGAGAUCGAUAUCUUACACUACCUCCUAGACAGCCGCAUCAUCCGCGUCGCUGCCUUUGAGACGCCCAAGCGCCGCGGCCACGAUGCUGAGGAGGGAGGGGCGAUACUGCUGCGCUUUGAAAACGGGGUGGUCGGGACCUUCCUACUCAGCGAUACUAUUGUGAGCCCGCAUGCGUUCGAGAUGGGCACUGGGGAGAACCCGGUCAUUCCCAGGACUGGGAGGGACGUCUACCGGGUUUUCGGCACGGAUGGCACGUUGAGCGUGCCUGACCUGAGGCGGAGCUUUUAUAACUCGGACAGUGGCGUGGAGAAGUCCUGGAACAACGAGCUCAGCGAGGUCACGGAGACCCUGCAAGGCUGGCUGAGCGAGGAGGAGUGGGCCAAGGCGCCGUUUGAGUUGCAGGUCGCGCACUUUGUCCGGGCUGCGCCUCCCUCUGAGCCCAUGACCUCCUGA